AUGCAUGUUCAUGUGAGUACUCUAUUUCAAGAAACAUACUGUAUCUUGUACUAGUUAUUUUGUCAGUUGUGCUAUAUGUUGUCCGUCUGCCUCAUGUAUUGCUCUUGUAAUAUAGUUCUACCUUCAGACAGCAGUGUUUGUUGUCUCAAUAAUUUUGCUGGUAUGCGCAGUCGCGGAUAUUGUCUACAAAUUCCUCGCACCAAAGAUAAAUUGGUGGUCAGUAGGUCCCACGGCCAUUCUCAUGUUGAUCGUCGUGAUGUUGUUGGUUGGGAAUAGGAUGAACAAAGUGUGCCUCUACUGUCCUUUUUUGAUUUUCAAUGUAAGUAUCUUUUAUCUUUCUUAUCAACUGAGAAGGUAACUUGAGUAUGACUUACGUAUUUCAGAUCAUACGCAUCAUUUUAGCGUUGGCCAUGGUUGUCCUAAUGAUUGUUGUGUUUAUUUUGAAUUGGGACGACUUACAAGAGGAGGAACACGGAGUACAAAUCUUUUUGCUUAGUGUCAUCAUUCUUGAGACUCUCUUGAUAGUGGCAAUUCAACUUUACCUUCAUUCACUUGUGACCAGAGAUCGCAACUUUUUGCUGAACCAGCCAGCGAAAGAAUGGCAGAAAAGCACAUGGUACCGUAUUUUGUCAUUUAUAGGAAAGUACCGAUGUUACAGCGAAUACUGUGUUUACUGUGUCAUCUUGAAUAAAUUCAGUCUUUGA